CAUUAGAAUCAAAUUCAGUCAAACAUGUCUCCUUCUUCCUCUCUGUGCAUAUCAAGCCUGAAAAUACCCUCACCUCACCUCACCUCCGUUCUCUCCUAAGAAAUCGAUCACCAAUCACCACCUCUUUUACCACCAUCAUCGUCGCCGCCGGCGACCACCUCUCCGGCUACCGACUGUACACCAUCAUCGAGUACCUUCUUUCUCUCUUAAUCUAUACACCACUGGCCGAGUACCAUUACCGAACGACAACCAUCGUCCACCUCGAUCAUCACCCUCAGUCACCAGCAAAAAGCGACCGACCACCAACAUCUUCUACCUCCUGCGGGUUACCGAUUAGACCACACCCAUCAUACCCACCAUCCUCCACCAUUCAUCACCGUCGAUAACAACCACCAUCAUCGAUCACUAUACCCACCACCGUCGACGACUGUCAACAACCACCCACCAUUCAUCGUCAAUCACCAUUGACGGCGGCAACCAUCAUCCACCAGCAUAUCCGACAUCAGCCGACGGUGGUAACCACUGAACACCGUCCCAAGUCCAAUUAAAUAUAAACUCUUCAAGUUCUUUUAAUUUACGGUGUCCUGUCGCAAUUCAGGGUUUGAUUUCAUUAUUAAAGAACAGAGCAGAGCAGAGCCAUGAAGGGGGGUUUUGGAUUGUGGAUCUUGUUCUUGGUGUUUGGAACAGCUUUGCUUUUCGUCUGCCUGUCUUCACUUCCUCCUGGCAGCGAUCAUGUUGGAAAUAAGAAAAUGAUGGAGUUAACCAAGCCAAGCAGGAGACUGAAGGACUAUAUUCAUGAUGAAGGUGACAAUGGAGGCAUGGAUGUAGACGAUUACCUCCCUAAUGACCCAGUUCCAAGUUCUAAGGCAAUAAGGCCCGGCCCGAUCGAGCAUGGCACUCCUCUUAUGCCUUACAUACCGAAGCCCACGCCUCCUAGUCCUGGGCCAAAUGAGUUCGGGUUACCUUAGCCUAUGUUGGUUUAUUAUUACUCCGAGUGUGGUAAGUUUAGGAUUGUAAUAAGUUGUUAGGAACGGUAUGUAAUAGACACGAUAUAAUUGGAACACUAGCGGGCAUCCCUUUGUUCUUCUAUGCUGAAUUUGCCCCGAGUUCCAAUAGGAAGUGUGACACGUUAAACUUGGAUUAUGAAAACGGUUGUAGUUUGUGUUUUGAAAUGUUAUAAUGUAACACAUUAAUUGUUUGUUUUA